CUCAUCAGUCACGUGUGUAGGUGAAGUACCAGUCACUGGCCUAGACCCAGUACCAUGCUGGCUUUCAACUGCCGAGGAUCCAACUGUGUGCCACUUACUGUCAGUGGUCUUCGGGCAGUCAUUGUAAAUGUUUCGUUCGUUUUACGUGUGUUGUGAAGUGCUGCUAGCCUGGCGUGUUUGGAGAUGAAACUUGCGGGUGGACUGAGGCCUCAGGCCUCCACAUCACGCGUUCAUUUUGCACACUCUCCAACGUGAGCAUUGAAACGCCAUAAACGUAUUUUGUGGAAUCUGACAAUUGCGUUUCUUAGUUCAAAGUGCCUAGCCAAUUUUAAACGUAAUUGUGUCAUUACGCAAUAACUGCGAACUGCCUGGCGGAAGACCAGCUCUUCUGUUUUCAACAUUUAUGGGUGGUAAAAGUGGAAGAUGUGACGUCUUCCGCCGCUACGCAUUCCUGUGCAUUAUCGCUCUCGGACACGGAGAGAAAGUGCUGAUGUCUAUAUUACAUUAUUUUAAUAACCAGACAAGAUGAAAGUCCCCAAAGGAUCAGGAUAGCAGCAUCGCGUUCUUCUCUGCAGUCGGCGAAGUUGUCGUCUGCACGUCAGAUUCACGGGCACAAAAAACUUCCAGGAAGUGUAGUGAUGUGUGACGACCACGGACGAGAAGUGAUACAGUGGACCUUAACGCCACAAAAAUAAGUGAUUUUCUUUCUAAUGUUUGGCCACAUGUGACAAGCCGUGGCAGAUUUUUAUUGAAUUAUUACAAAGUGAAACAGACAGUUUGGCGAGUGUUAAAGACUUUAAUAAAUGUGCAACUGAAGUGUUUGUGGUCAAAAUUCUUACGCUGUUGUUUAAACUGAAAUGAAUCCUACGUUCGAAUCCUGUGUUUCAAACUAAGCUGACAAAAUGACAGUUACGAUGGAUCACAAGAACAAAAGAAAGACGUCGUGGGAUUCAAAGAUGUCUGUCAGCACGGUGAGCACCAAGCACCUGGCCCGCUCUGAAACUCCGAGUUCCAUCCUCUCUUCUGACAGCGACAUCCGCUUCACCCGGAAGCUCGGGGGCCACUACCGCUGUGGCUGCUGCAUUCUCGCCUUCUUUCUGCUCUUCCUCCUGGUGGCAGCCGCUGCUGUUUACUUGGGAUACACAUUCCUGAGUGCAGAUCCACCAGGAGAGCAAGUGUUCCGGGCAAUGUUCCGGGUGGUGCGAGGUGAUGCCUUCUCUGCUGAACUUGCUGAUCCAGCCACUGAACAGUUCCGGAUACGAGCAAGAGAUUACCGAGAGCGACUGAACCUGGUGUUCCGGCGCAGUGAUCUCAGGCCAGCCUUCCUAGGCACAGAAGUCUUAGCGCUAGAUGGAAUUGAUGGACAUGAUCUUGUAGUCCACUUUAAUUUGCACUUUGAUCCCCGCCAGUUAGAUGUUGGGAUUUCUGACUUGAUGAAAGUGCUGUCAAAGGAAAUAGCACUUCAGGAAUCACGAUACCUUGCCAACCUUACCAUCGAUCUCAGCAGUUUGGAUAUUAAAGAAAGCUCUGCAGUUUUGACAACACCACUGCCAAUUACAACAUCGGCAGUAACAACAAUGUCUAGCACAACAGUGCCACCUCCUCCCAGAUUCUGUGGACCUAUACAGCUGGAAUAUUGUUCCAAGUUACCUUACAAUGUCACUUCAUAUCCAAACAAAUUGGGUCACAGGUCAAUAAAGGAGGUGCAGGAGGAUGUCAUUGCCUUCAGAGAGCUUGUAGAUGCGGAAUGUUAUCGACUGGCUUACGAGUUUGUGUGCCAGCUACUGCAGCCAUCAUGUACUAUUCGUUUGCCUGGUGAAGCAGAAGACAAGAUGAUUCUGCCUUGUCGUAGCUUCUGUAGGGAGUUUCAUGCUGGCUGUGGCAACAGAAUACCUGCCAGAUUCAAAGAUGCGCUAGACUGCAUGCAUUUCCCAGAAUUCACUGGACCAGGAUCUUGCAAUUCAAAACCAGGUUGUGUGAAGGAACUGCAAGCACAUGGUUUGUCAUCACAAGUAUGUGAUGGUGUGGUGGACUGCAGGGACCUUUCAGAUGAAACAAGCUGUAGCUACUGUCCAGAUAAUCAUAUUCACUGUGGAGCAGGCAAAGUCUGCAUCACAAUGGAAAGACGCUGUGAUGGGAACAAUGACUGCCCUGAUGGCAGUGAUGAGAAAGGAUGCUUGACUGUUGCUCCCAGCCUGUUAUCUAUUGUUAAAACUUUACCUGCAACUCCUCAUCACUCGCAGUACUACUCUGAGGGAUAUGUCAUCUUCAGUGAGAAGGGCCAAGUUGGGAAGAUCUGCACAGAAAAUUUGAAUACCACAGUACCUGAACCUAACAGGGAAGCAACACUAAAUACAAUUGCUACAUCACUGUGCAAUGUCCUGUCAUAUAAAAACGUGAACUUUGUUCGAAUUCAGGAAGAUAAGGAAGAUGAAGUUCAGUAUGUUCAUAUGGAAGACCCCAGUGCCGCUGAAAUUACUUUUGUUCGUGCACCAUGUCCCAAAAAAGAAGUUCUUUAUGUAGGAUGUUCUGAUCUUGAAUGUGGCACUCAGAGCCUACGAGGAAAUGCAGGCAUUCAAGGUUUAUGCAAAAUGGCUGCUCAUGCAGAUUGGCCUUGGCAUGCUGCACUGUUCAAGGAUGGCGUUCACGUCUGUGAUGCAACGCUGGUGUCUGCUGAGUGGCUGUUGACUAGUGCAUCAUGUUUCCAAGGACAACCAAAAGCACAGUGGGUGGCACACCUGGGCAGUAUCCGCCUGUCAGGAUCUUCACCGUGGCUUCAAGAACGUGCUGUUGUUGGGAUGGUCAAAUCACCUGUUGAAGGCAGCACUGUAGUCAUGGUAAAGUUGGAACAACCAGUUACCAUGUCUGACUUUGUACAUCCAAUUUGCCUGCCAGAAGAGGGAUCAGGAGGGUCUCUUACACAUCUCUCACAUUGUAACACCUUGGGAUGGGCACGGAAUCGAGAACAACUUCAACGAAUAGAGAUUAAGUUGAGUUCAAUGCAGAGGUGUGAAAAUAUCAGCAUCCCCACUGUGAACAGCAUUUGCACUGAACCAGCAUACCUCAUAGAUGACUGCAAUGAAGAAGAACUUGCUGGGAGUUCAAUGUUAUGUUUGCUUCCUGACAAUAAAACAUGGUCUCUUGUUGGAAUCAGCAACUGGAGGAUAGCUUGCUCUAAGCCUGGAACUGAACGUCCAAGGCUGUAUGAUAAAAUAAGUUCAAACAUUGAAUGGAUUCAUAAAACUAUGCGUGCCAUCUCAUGAGUCUAGUUUAGAAUAAUCAUGUAGGCCUACAUAAUGAAAAAGCCGAGUAAACAAAUCUUCCAUUAAAAGGAAAGGGAAGAAGGUAAAAAACUGAUGAAGAUGUUUACUUGCCACAUAAAUAUGUAAGAAUUUCACAGAAUUCAAACAUAUGACAGAAAACACAAAUGUGUUUUCUGUCAUAUGUUUGAAUUUGAAUUAUGUAGCCAUUAAAGUCUCUUCUAUGUCUAAGAUUUGACAAAAUAAUAGUAAUUUUACACCAUUUUGGGAACAUUGCUCCUACAUAUUUUAUAGAGUGUUGCAGCUUUGGAAUAUUAGUUGACUCUCUAAGUCAUUUUCACUUUUGAGCUAAACUGAUUGGUAAAAUGUUAACUGAUGAACAGAAUAUACUAUUUUCAUUUUCUCAAAUAAAUUUGAAUUUGAGUGGUAUUUUUCUGAUGAUAUCUUAUAAAUGUGAAGAAGGCAUAUUUACUUUGGCUUUCACCAUGCUGAAACAAAUUUGUUUUAUGCAAAAAUACUUUCUGGAUCAUCCAUUAUGAUUCAAGUAUCAAUGAGUCAAGUAGAGAUGUUCUAAUACAAGUUACAGUACUUUUUGAUUAAAUUAUACAAAUGCCACCAAAAAAUGAGUAUGUUGGAAUUCUAUGAAGUUGCUUGUGGUCCUUUUCAGUCUUUAAAUAUUUACUUUGAUCUUUCCAGUAUUGUAAAACAAAUUUAUUUUCAACCAAAGUGACUUCUAGAUUAUAUAUCAUGAUUCUGUCAUCAGUAUAAAUGUAAUACAACCACAUCCCUUUGAUUUUGGUUUUGUGCUCUCAAAUGCUAAUUAAUAAAAUGAAAAUAAUUGCUGCCAGCAAUUUCACUGAGUUGGUUUGUAGCUAUUUAAGGAUGAUUAAUCAGCUGCAGAAGUUGCUCAUGGUCAUGUUAUGUGAGAGGAUGUUCAUGUGCAGAAUGAAGGAUAAAGCCUACAACUCUUUUCUUUUGAACCAACAGAUAUUGACAUCCAUCAGGAAAUAAAUUUGAUAGAAAUUAAUCUUGUACAGCACAGGAAAUCAAUUUCCUACAUUCUUGACAGCUAGUGGAAGAGCCACAAAAGUGGGUAUGUCCCUUGUUGCUUUUGCAUAGGAGUAAGUAAAACUGCAAACAACCCUGAAAAUAUAGGAUAUGAGACUUUCGCAGUGAGUAUAAUCAAUGAAAUCUUCUCAGGCAAUCAGCCGUGUCAACUGGUUACGUAGUACGGUAAUCAGUUGAUGCAGCUUAUUGCCCGAGAAGAUUUUAUUAACCCUGAGAAUGUUUCUCCUGCUCUUGAUUGGGUGUAAUUUAUAACUAAAAUUCAAAUCUGAAAUGUCAGUAACAUGCAAGACAUGAUAUUUGUUUUCAUUUUAACUACUAUGGGUAAGUUGAUUUUACACAAAAAUAAAUUUUAAUAAAUUUUUAGAUUUGCCUUUUCUGACAUUAUAGUUACAUAUAGCACUGAGUCUACUUUUGUCAUAAACUUCGAAGUUGAUGACAUAACAAGCAGUGUUGGUCACAAGAUGUGAUAAAAUAUGUGAUGUUCAGAUCUCAAGAGAUAUAUGAAGACUUUUCAAUAUCUCUGACAAUGCUAUAAAUUUUCAGUAAUAAAGCAGAGGUUAAUGGGUAUUGAUUCAAUAUUAAACUGAUAUAUUCCUCAAUAUAAAGUAAUUUUGUAUUCGAUAUUUAUUUUAUUGUAUUAUAACUUAAUGGUGACAUAAAUUUUGGUUCAUCACUUGACAGCAUAAAUUGGAAAAUAUUUGGAAUUAAAAUUAAGCAUAUGUACAUAUUUAUAGACGUAAUUUCAAUUGCUGUGAAUUGAGUGAAAAAUGUACACACAUUUUACUGUCAAAUAACAUUCCCCUACACUCAUGCAUAACAUAAAACUAUUAAAUGUUGUUGAAUUUUA